CACCACGUCAUUGGUCUUUUUCAUGCAUAUCAAACUUUCUCGUGAAAAGUCUCUGACAAAGCUGAUUGAUUCUACAUCAUCGUGUAAAUAUUUGCAUGUACAGUAAGAGUCAUUCAUCACAAGGCGCAUCAUCUAUUUUCUCAUUCUCAAGAUUCUUUCAUAAGAUUAUCUCGGUAUAGAUUCCCAAUUGAUGUUUCCGCAUUACCUAUUUAUUAUAAAUUGUUGGUUGUUUGCUGAUUAUGAAAGAGUAGAAAUUACAAUUUGAUUUGUAUAUUUACUUUUUCGGUUUCUAUAUACCUACUAGUACAUGCUUUCUCUUCUGCGAAUAUCAAUAAGACCACCGACAUCUCAACCUAAGAAAACAAACCCCCAACCACGCAACCACACAUCAAAAUGGCAAUAACCCUCCACCUCAUCCGCCACGCCCAAGGUUUCCACAACCUCAGCACAAAAAACCACUCGAUGCCCGACCCCCUGCUCACCCCGACAGGAAAAUCCCAAUGCGAAACCCUCUCCCGAACCUUCCCUCCAGAAACAAUAACCCAUCUCAUCGCCUCCCCACUCCGCCGCACCCUCUACACAGCCCUCUAUUCCUUCCCUACCUUCAUCGCCUCGGGCUCCAAAGUAGUCGCUCUCCCCGAACUCCAGGAAACUUCCACUCUACCCUGCGACACGGGCUCUGAACCUGUCGCGCUCGCGGAGGAGUUUGCAGGGAGUGUGGAUUUGGAAUUGGUGACUGAGGGGUGGAAUAGUAAAGUAGGGAGAUGGGAUGCCAAUGCGCCUGCGAUUGAGAAGCGCGCGCGGGAAGCGCGCACUUGGUUAAGGGAUUUAGGGAUCAAGGCUGAGGAAUCCGGAGUCUCGAAUGUUAAUAUUGUGGUUGUGACGCAUGGGGGGUUUUUGCAUUAUUUAUCUGAUGAUGUAAGUCUUGUGUAUACAUAUAAGAAAACCUUUUACUAUUUUCUCAUCUCUCAUCUCUCAUUUCCCCCAUCUCUCUCUACUCCAUCCCAAUCCCACAUUUCCUUCCCCACACGGAAAUUAUCACUAACACCCUCCUCCCCUCCAAAUAGUGGGAAGACUCCACCCUCUUCGUCGGAACCGGCUGGUCCAAUACCGAAUUCCGCUCGUAUACGUUCCGGGACGCGGAGUACAGUGAUGUUAAUGCAUCGAUUGAAGAAACGAGAGAAAGUAGAGACAGGAGAAAGGGAAGUGAAAAAUCUCUCUCGCUGGAGGAACAGAGGAAUUUGAAAUUGGCGGCUGAGAAUGGAUGGCAGAAGGAUGGGUUUCAGCAGAAGGUUUUGAAGGGGGUGGAGAAGGAGGAAGAGGGGGAGGAGAGGGUAAAGGAGGUGGAGGUUAUUGCUUAGUAUGUGUGGUUGGGUAGAUUGAUGUAUUGGGAGGGGGAAUGAGGGGUGAGAUGGAUGAUGGGGUUUAUACACGA